AUAUACCACUAUGUCAGACAGAGUGCUAUUUAUGCUUAUGUUGAAAUACCGUAGUCCACGAAGCGUGGGACAGAGACGCAUAUAUCGACAACCGCCAUUACUCCUAUGGUUAGACAGAGACAGAAGAUGCCAUUGCUGACAACCGCUAGGGGAUUGCCAACCGACCAAUACUGGCAGUCCGCCAUUCUGGCAUUGGCAACCGUACCGCGUCUGCCUGUGAGUGAAAGGAACAGAGUUUCGGUCUGCGUCGCAUCUGCCUCUCGGUGGGGUAAUAUGAGUAUGCGGAGUGCGCUUCGAUUUGUUCGUGAGUCGCAGGAAAGCUACUCGGCAUAUUUUAUUUAAUUAGGUAUACCAUAUUGUAAUUUGCAUAUUUGGUUUAUAGAUUGAUAAACAUUAUGAUAGAAAUGUGUACGAGACAAAGUGACAUUUAGUGUAAACGGUUGACUAUCGAUACAAUACACUUUUUUGACAGCGCUCGUUUAUUUAGCCGGCCAUUUUGUAUUUUUCUGCAGAAGCGAAGUGACAAUAUCACAGUGCUACGGAAGUUCGCGGAAAAUAAACUAUUUGCAUGUUUUAUAGUUUUUGUGAUUGUUUUGUGAAAACUACAAAACGAACAGUGUAUAAACUGAGACAGUGGAGUGACCAAAUGUACUAUUGUUUCUCUUCAUCUGAACAAUUUCGAGCGUUGAAUUGUAUCGUAAACUAAUGUGAACGAUUGUGCCGGAUUUGGAUUCGUAGAUUUGUUUGUAUUUAUGAAGUAAAAUAUCAUGGGGUAUACGCAAGAAUAGUUUGAAAUUUCGGAAUUAACUGGAUAAUGAAUGUAUUGUAGAUGAUGGCUACUAAGCAUGAGCCUGUAUUAUCUUCGCCGCCUGCAAACAAUGAAUCAGAUGACGAGGCGCCUGACUCCGCAGGCUCCGAGGCAGAGGAAGAAGAAGUAAAGAAACCGGCGAACAAUGUCGCCAACAUAUUGAAGAGACUUCAGUCCUCUGGAGCUCUCAUAAAGAAACCUAAACAAGAGUUCCGAUGCUACACCUGUGACGAAGACUUCCGAGAUUGGGAGGAAUUGGAGAACCACAUUAUCCAGCACGUCUCUCUACCCUCCGUUGUCCUCGUCAAAUUGCCAUCCGACGACGAAGACGAAGGGGCUUCUGAGAAUGAAAACUGGUCCGAUGAAGAAGAAGACGCUUCCCCACCCAAAGCCCCACAGAAGGUCACACCGACAAAAAUCGACAUAUCGCAGCUACUGAAAAAGGGCAUCUCCGUCAAAAAACCAGCUGACAAUGAGAACAAAAACGAUUCGGCUCUAAACAAACUUAGCGGAUUGGGCUUCACUAUUAAAAAGGGCAACACUCCGGUCAAAAAUGAACCAGAACAAGAAGCAAACGCUGACGAUGUUAUGCAAAAACUUGGCAAACUUGGCGGCAUCAAACUAAAAUUAAGAUCAGACGGGAACAACUCCAACUCCUUCAAAGUGAUCAAUGGACUCAAAGAUUUCAAUGCUUCAGAUGAUGAGGGACAAGAAAGCGGAAACGACGACAGUAGAGAGGACCCAGAGUUUGACGAAGAACCAGGCGAUAACGAAUCCGAUGGUGAAAAUGAACAAAGUCCACCCAAUAUACGCAAGACAUCAGAAAGUGAUGACUCAGAAAAAUCUGCUAAAGUCAAACUAAAUUCAUUGAAACAUUUGCAAGGAGUAGCUAUAAAACCGAAGGAAUCUCCAACGCCACUUAAAGUUGCUGUACAACAAAACAAGCCAGGCGGCAGGCCGGCAGUUAAACAAACUCCAAAAAGAGGUGCUAAUCUACCAUUAUCCGUAGCACAAGAGAGGGAAGUCUCAUCUACAAAGUCAUCUUCCAGCACUCCAAGUAGUGCGUCUACACCAGAACGACGUGAAUCACAUUCAAGCAUGGAAAACGUGGUCGUGAAGCAAGAAGUCGAGGCUGUUGAAACGCAGUCCUCAAACGUACCUAUAUUCUCAACUCAACACCAAAUCAAAUCUGAAAGGGCAUCUCCGCCAGUACCAACAGGCGAUGCGUCUACUCCAAUAUUAGCUAAGGUCAAAUCAGAGCCAGACGCGUUAGCAUCACAUCAGAAUGCCCCAAACAAUGCUAUGGCUAUGCACAUCACAUCAAAUAAUUCCACUCAACCCCUCCUUCCAGUUACUAAAAAGGAGGAGCCUAGCUCUGUAACUGUUAUAGAAAUAAAUGGAGAUUCGAACGAUGAAGACGAUGACUGCUGUGUGGUAUCUGCUACACCAGCUCCUGACGUUAAGCCUGUGGUACCGAAGACGGAAAACCCUGCCGUUUCAUACCCUCCACCCUCGUAUCCUACCACACAGGCAAGUUACAGUUCCUCAACCAUGCUCAACUCUCGCCUGACUGUGCCCUCAAUGGAAAAACAACAUAAUUUCAAUUGGAACGCACCAGAUUCCAAACCACCAUUAGACAUGCUUGAGAAAAGUGCCGAUGACAUUUUCAACAGCUUACUAGCAUCAAGCUCCGCAAAGAAAGAAGGCAUGUCUAUAUCCGACGCUAGUGAAUACAUAUCAUUAGAUACUCUAGGACCUCAACAUACAUGUGACGUGUGUAAUACUAGGUUCACUGACAUGGCUCUGUUGGAUGACCACAGGAGGAUGACAGGGCAUACGAAAUCUCUGGUGCUUCCGGCUUCCAGCUCUACACUUAUGCCUUAUAAUUCUAGUUCUAAUAUUCUAUCCAGCAUACUACCAGUAAAGCAACUGGCUGACCAAGUAGGAAAGCUUUCUACUAUCAGUGGAAGUGGUCCAGGAUUUACUCAUCAACAAAAUGUUAUGAUCAAUAUUCAGGCGUACCCGGGAGCCGGUGGUAUGAUGAUGAACCCACAAGGUGGUUACAACUCUUAUCCAUCUGCACAGAACGUACAACCUGAUUAUGGUAACAAUAUGUAUGGACAACAACAACAAAUGCCAGGCCAGUACCCUGGACAGAAUUAUAUGGGUCAGCAAAAUUAUGGCCAGUUCCAACAACCAAUGAAUAAACCAGCGCCUUAUCCGAAUACUAUGCAACAAGGGCAAUUCCCCCCUUCAUCAGCGCCGUAUUCUACGGCAACUCCACUGCAGGGUAUGCAACAAGCCGUUUACGGUCAAGCACCUAGUGCCGGGAUGAAUGUUCAGCUGGGGCAACCAUUAGGACAAAUGGGUCCCCCAGGUUCGCCAUACGUUCCGUCAUCAAGCCCUGGUGGAGCUAUGAAACCACCUUCAGGAGGCGUUAAAAUUCAGAACGUGCAAACCUUCCCUCCUGGUCAGCCUAUUGGCAUGCCGGGACCAGACCAAAUGGCCGGGCCUCCCGCAGCACCCGGCUCUGUUGUAGUCGGACAGAUGCCUGGACAGACUCAAAUUAGAAUGGCUCCGGGUGCAAAUAUUACAAGACCACGAAUGGCCGCUCCUAGAGGGCCUCGGCCUGGAAUACGGCCGGGUAUUCAAGUACACGCUCAGGUUCGUGGACAAAAGCCAGGAGCGCGAAUGCCAAUGAAAAGACCAGCACAAAUGGCUGGCGGGCCAGCUCAGAAGCGACGGACAGACAUGUUGCUGCCUGGUAAACAUGACAACGAGGAUUGUCAGGUGAUGGCUAUGCAGAAACAGAGGGAGGGACUGCCAAUGAUACAUAGUGUACAAGGAGCGAAAGAUAAGUUUAACUUAGGCAGCCAAAUAUCCAUUACGAAGAAGACAGUCAACAAAGAAGCUAACGCGAUGGCUAAUGUGUUGGCGUCACGAGGGAUAAGUGUGAAACAGAAGCAGAAGAGUCGCUCGCCGUCACCAGAGCGUCCUGCGCCUUACAUCCCCAACUUAGGCGCCGGCGUUAGUAUAAAACAUACGUCGAAAUCGAGUAACUUUUCGAUACCAGAGGCGAAGGUGGGUGGCGGUAUGAUGGCCUGUAAGAUUUGUAAGAAAAUGUUCAUGAACCACAAUUCACUCGCAGUGCACAUGUCGAACGCACAUCCGCAGAGUAAAGUGCCUGUGUUUAAAUGUGACGAAUGUCCAGCUUCGUAUCCAAAGUCGUUGCAGCUGCAGCAUCAUAAGCGGGUGUUCCAUAAUUUGACUGGUCCUAACAGGGAGCUGGGCCUGCCUGUGGUGGACUUCUCACAGGAAGAGAACUUGAAGCGGUUGAGUAAUUUAGGAAUAUAUAGUUUUAUACCUUUAGCGAAUAGGGAGCAAGCGGGCGGUUGCUUCGGUAUACCAGUAAUCUCAGCGCAUAAUGUACAAAAUGGUACUUCAAUGAGUUUGCAAGCUCUGGGAGCUGAUGGACUACUUAGUUUAGGGCCUCUAAAACCUUUACCAAAUACAUAGACAUGUACUUUAUAGUGUGGUGUGCGAAUCGUGCGAUGGAAACUGUGAUUUAAUGUCUUUUGUGUUAAAACUGAACAUUAAUGUGAAACUAGAAAGUGUAAAAAUAGUGGAAGAACUGUCGCAAAUGUUUAACAAAAGACUUGAGUGAAACCUAUAAGAAUGGAUAUUUUGUUUUAUAAGAGUGGAUUUAUUUAUGUUACAAAUGUCGAAUAUCAAUAUUUUUUCACGCAAGUACAUUAUAUAUAACAAUAUCAUAUAAUUAUAGCAUGCUUACUAAGUUAUUUUCAUAGAUAACAAAAAUAUAUGUUUAUAAACAUUUAGAUAAAGCUGUAAUAACAUACAUAUAGACAAAACACUCCAUAUUUAUUACAAUAGAAUUAUAGGAGAAUAUGUAGAUGUUAAAUCCAACACAGAUAAAUGAAAAUAGUCCUUAAAACAACAUGUUAAAGGCCAUAUUUAUUAGUUAAUAUUUUUUUGGAAAUUUAUUUCAAAUUAGAGACUAUGAUGUACCCAGUAUCAGUAUAAAAUGAAUUUACUGCAAUACUAUUAAAAAAAUACUCAAAACGCCCUUAAAAAAAUUUCUCUUUUUACAAACUUAAUGAAAUGACAGAUAUAGAACUAUAUUUAAAUGGUACAACUUUAAAUUGAGCAUUUUAGGGGAAAAAUUAUACAGAAAAUGCAACUGUGUGUACCACAAAUUAUUGUUCCGUGUCUGACUAUCAUGUGUAUGUACAAUUGUAUGUUUGUAUCCAAUGUGUUUGUUUUAAAAAAGAACAACUGUUUUCUGAAUAUUUAUAAUAAAGCAAAUGCUUUAUAUUGGUCAUCAUAGUCUCUGAUAAAAAUGAAAAAAAAAGAAAUGACAGAUUUAUUUUCAAAAAUUCUCGUUUUGUUCCUUUGAAUGUUGGUAGUAAGACUGCUAACAUAAUAUGAAUAGUAAAUUAGUAAUAAGUUUAAUAUAAUGGCCCCAUCUUUCUGUGAAUGUACAUUAUUCUCAAAAAACAUCAUCCAUUUUAGUGAAUGACUCAUUUUACCUUUACAUUUUGACUCAAAAUCGGUGAUGUCUUUUUUUAUAAUAGGGUAGUAGCUUAAAUUUUUUUUAAUGUCCGUCUGGUAGUUUAUUUUAAAGAAUUAGACACGUUUUUUUUUUUUAAAUAUUAUAUACGACGAUAUAUUGAUUUGAAAUAAUAUGUGACGUGACGUCACAUAUUGUUUGAAAUAAUGCGUGACAAUAACAACCUCGCACUCCUAAACAUCUAAGUAUACGGGUAACCGGGGCUCCGGCUCGACGUGCAGGAGAAGGAACGGGGUGGUUUUUAGUCAGUAAGAG